UGGAAAAAUUCAAAUAAAAACAAAUGACAGGUAUUUGUUAUGUUAUGUUAUGUUUUCUUUAAGUUACAGCUUGUAAUUAUUUUGAAAAUCACCCAAUAGUUUUCUAAUUCUUAGUUUCAAAGGCGUAUCAAAUUGUGGUAUUAAAAUCUACACAGCAUUAGUUUUGCAAAGCCAGAAAAGAGUGUUUCAUUUAAGUCAGAGUCAUGGGAUCAAACACGAAGACUAUUGAUCUAUACAUUGCCACUAACUUGGAAGAUUUAACAAAGAUUGCUAGUCCAGACAAGUUAGGAAAAAACCCCAAAAUUCUUGAAAAGGUCAUUAAGAAUUUGUAUUCUGAAAUAUGUAGAGAAACAACUGAUGACGAAAAAUGCUUCAUUUAUUGCCAUAGAUAUUUAGUAACUAUCCAGAUCUUAUGCAAGAUUGCAGAUGCUAAAUAUAUAAGGGCUCUUUAUUUUCGUGAAAUAUCUAGAGUUAAUAAUAGAAUAGAGGAACUAAGGGCAGUGUUGGAACAGCGGUAUAAAGAAGCAGAACAAUUAAGAAAAAUAUCCUCAAGCAUUGACAACCUGAAAACCAAAACCAAACUUUCAACUGAAAAGCUUAAAUUGGAAAAAGUUUCAAAACAUUUAUUCCCAACGGAGUUUAUUACUGUUAAAGAACUCUAUCAAGCCAUCCAGGAAAACUCUAACAUCCUUAUAAUCGAUAUCAGACCUUCAAAUGAAUUUGGAGAGUCUAAAAUUAAAUUUGAGAAUCUAAUAAACAUACCAGAUGAUAUUAUCGUGGCAGGACUAUCGGCCAAUAUGUUAGGCCAGAAGCUUAAAGAUGACACACAGAAAAUUUGGGAUAAAAGGGACACGUUUGAUGCUCUAGUGUUUCUUGAUUGGAAUUCUGGAUCUGAUAACAUAACUUGUAAUAAACUGAAUUAUUUAAAAGAUUCUGUUGUAGAAUGGGACUGUAAUAGGAAAUAUAAACAGCACCCAGUAAUAGUCAAUGGAGGUUUUAAAGAGUUUUUAGAUAGUUAUCCAGGUUCUGUUACCAAUGUUCAUGUGAAUUUUAUUAGAAACAAUGAAGAUAUUGAUGAAUUGUUAGAGUUAGACAGUAUUAUUUAUCCUGAACCGGACCAAAAUGUGUCUAUUAUGCCUUUAAAACAGUUUACUAUUGAAGAAUUGGAAGAAUCUACUAAAAUUGAUGAGCAGUGUGAUGAAGGUAUCGAAUCUGAUAUUGGUAGUCAAGGAGGAGAAAUUCCUACUGAAGCACCCUCAAUUCCUCCGGUCGAAUAUAAUUAUGAAGAUAUCGAAGAGGGCAUACCACCCCAUUUACCAAAAGGAGGUGCCAUUAUUGAUAAGUCGGCUGAUAUAAAAGAAGAUGAUAAAGCAGAAAAAGAUGCUGAUACCAAUGACAUUAAAAAUAAAAUCGAAGAACAAAGAUUACGGCUCUUAAUGGAAGCCAGGAAUAGAAAGAAUGAGAAAUCUAGUAUGAACAUUAAAAAUCUCGUAGAAGAAAUCGGAGAUAAGCCUGGAUAUACAAUUAAAAAAGCACCUCCCCCAAUUCGGAGAGAAACUAAACCUCAAAAGGUGGACGUUAGGUUCGGCGGUUGGUGUGGCCUAGUAAACAUAAGGAAUACUUGUUAUAUGAACACAAUUCUUCAAUGUUUAAAAUGCAUUCCAAUUAUCAGAAUGAUUGUACAUUCCUAUUAUGACAAAUAUGUAACCAGGAGACCGCCAUUAAUUAUUAACGAGUUUGUGUCCGUUAUACAGAAUCUUUGCCAGGGCACUGAAAAUGAUAAAAAGGUGUUUAAGCCAAGUGCUUUUUAUGAUGUAGUAUGCAGAUUAGAUCCGGUUUAUAAAAAAGGUAAUCAUGAAGACUGCAUGGAAUUUUUCCUUUUCCUUUUUAAUCACCUGAAUGACGAUUGUGGCACAGAUAUUAAAAAAAAGUCUGUUAUGAUAGAACGAGAAAAAGCAUGGUACAGUCAACUCCAGGGUAGAACGUCAUUCUGGGUGGAUCUAUUCUACCACCAGUUUAGGAAUACUAAAAUUUGUCAAAUGUGUCGAGCAAAGGCGGAUUCAUACGAAACUGAUAAUACACUUAUGUUGCCCGUACCUUACAGACCCGGAUUGAGAAGUGUCAAUUUGAGAGAUUUAAUAAAUGAAUAUUUGGAAGAUAACCAGAUAUUGGAUUACAAGUGUUCCAAAUGUCAAAAUUUGGGGGUGAUUAAUACGAAAGAAGUAGUGGUGGCUCCAGAAAUAUUAGUUCUUGUUUUAAAGCGAUACUACCAAGACGAAUACCAGGAGACUAGAAAAAAUAACAUUUGCGUAAACUUCGACCUUAAUUUUAAGUUUGGAAACUGUUCUUAUCGAUUGUACUCAGUGGCGGAACAUAGGGGUACAAUGGAGCACGGUCAUUAUUUCGCUCAUGGCGUUAUAAAUGAUUCUACGUGGGUUGAGUUUAACGACGAUAGAACUAUGAGGUUUUCAGGUGACUGGGAUAGUAUUAGAGGAUCAGCAUGUGCCUUUUUUUAUUGCAAAGAUACUAAGAGAAAUCCUUAAGAUAACAGUGUUAUAAUUUUAUAUUGCUAAGGACUUAAGUUACAUACCAAGUUAUAUAUUUUAUUUUAUUGUUGUUAAGUUUAACUAGUGAGUUCUUUGACUUAGCUUACUGUGAUAUUUAUUUUGGUAUAAUUCAUGUAGUGUUCAGAAAUUUAAUUAAAAAUAAAUUAGGAAUUAGUUAAGAAAUAUCUAACUUUAUAUAUGAAGCAAAAUAUUUUACGAUGGUUACACCAUUGUGAUAAGUAUAAUGAACAUUUCUACGCAGAAUUUCGGAGUUGUUCGUCAAGUACGAUUUUUAAAAUUGAUAAUCAUUAUUUGGAAUUAUAUUUAUUAUUUUAA